AUGAGGUUCCUACACCUGGAAAUGCUGCUUGUUGCCACGGCGACUUACGCAGCUCCACAACCCGACUCGUGGCUCUUGAAGCAGGCACUCUCGGCCUUCCACUUGACCCCCCAAAUCCUGGACACCUUUCUCCAGCCGCUACAGGUAUUGCUGGAGCGAAAUUCUCACGUCUACCGCGAGGGCACCCAGCUCAAAUUGAAUGGUGCUCCAUGGACAGCUGCUGGCGCCAACGUGUACUGGCUCGGACUCGACGAAAAUGUUAUUCCUCCCCCCGGAUCGCCGUUUUACCCAAAGUUCAAUGCGAGCUACCCGUCCAAGGGUCGGGUUGUUGAGGUUAUGAACACGCUUCAAACGAUGGGUGCCAGGACGAUUCGCAGCCAAACUCUCGGAAUAAGUGUUGGAAAUCCUCUGAGCCUGAUGCCGAGCCUCAACGAAUGGAACGAAAAGGCUUUCGAGGCUAUCGAUUGGGCAAUAUUUCAGGCCCGUCAGCAUGGGUUGAGGGUCCAGGUACCACUGGUUGAUAACUACGACUACUAUCACGGUGGCAAAUUUGACUUUUGCCGCUUCCGUGGUAUCAACAUCAGCGGCGCGGAUGGCUACGGUUCUGUCGACCCCCGAGUACAACAAUUCUACACAAACCCUGUCAUUAUCAACGAUUUCAAGCGCUACAUCAAGAAGUUAAUCACCCACGUAAACCCUUACACAGGUCUGAGCUACGCCAACGAUGCAACCAUCUUUGCAUAUGAGACGGGCAACGAACUCAGCGGUCCAAUCUUCCGAGACAUGAAUGUGCCGAACGAGUGGACGGUUGAGAUAUCUCAAUUUGUGAAAAGCCUCGCACCGAAGAAGCUGAUCAUGGAUGGAACAUAUGGUAUCAACAAAAGCCACCUCGCAAUUCGUGAGGUCGACAUCUUCUCCAAUCAUUUUUAUCCCACCAAUUCUAGUGUUUUGCAAAACGAUAUCGACAUUGUCGGUUCAGCGGGGAAGACGUACAUGGCAGGAGAGUACGACUGGACCGGGAACAUCCCAACCGCCAGUUCGCUUGAGGACUUUUUCGGAAUCAUUGAGAGCCGACAGACGACACCCAGACCAGUGGCAAUCGGAACGCAAUUCUGGUCGCUGUUUAUGCACAACGCCCCCGACUGCAAUCAUUUCGUGAAUCACACAGAUGGAUUCUCUUUACAAUAUGGGAACCCCUUGAAUACGGCGCACAACAACAGUCAGAUCGCGAAGAUCCGACGGCAUCUUUUCCGCAUGAAAGGGGUCGAGGUCGACGACUACCUGCCUGCAAGUCCUUGCCCCGGCGUUCAGGCAGAAUAUACCUACCAAUAG